AUGCAUGUUAUGAAUUGUGUCUCCUUGGCUAGUGAAAAAGAAAAUGGGGAUCUUUCUGUUGCAGCUGGAUUAAUGAUUGGGCAAACACCACCACCGCCGCCACCUCCACCACCCCCACCACCACCCCCUCCUCCGCUGCCAUGUCCAGGCAAUGGGUGUCCUCCUGUUCCUCCCCCACCACCCCUGCCAGGGGGUCCUCCUGCACCCCCACCACCCCCUCCAGGACUACCUCCUUCUUCUUAUGUGAAUGGACAUGGCCACCUUAGUAAAAAAAAGAAAAUGAGGAGUUUUUUUUGGAAAACAAUUCCAGAAGAGCAGGUUCGUGGCAAAACCAACAUCUGGACGAUUGCAGCAAGACAACCACAGAAGUACCAGAUUGAUGCAAAGACUAUCGAAGAGCUCUUUGGGCAGCAAGAAGACACCAAAUCGUUGGUUUCUAGGAGAGGUGGAACUUUAAAUGCUUCCUUCAAAGAAGCUAAAGAAGAGGUUUCUGUCUUGGAUGCAAAACGAUGCAUGAACAUUGGAAUAUUUCUCAAGCAAUUCAAAAAGUCUCCCCAGUCCAUAGUAGAAGAUAUCCACCAAGGAAAUGGUGAACAUUACGGAUCAGAAACGUUGCGAGAAUUUCUUAAGCUUUUGCCGGAGUCAGAAGAGGUAAAGAAAUUAAAAACAUUUAGUGGAGAUGCAACCAAGCUGUCUCUGGCAGAUUCCUUUAUAUACCUCCUAAUUCAGGUGCCAAAUUAUUCACUUCGGAUUGAAGCCAUGGUGCUAAAGAAGGAAUUUUUACCUUUGUGUUCUUCUCUGUGGGAUGACAUGUCCAUGUUAAGAGUGGCUACGAAGGAGCUGAUGUCCUGUGAGGAGUUACAUUCUAUCCUGCACUUGGUCCUCCAGGCUGGAAAUAUUAUGAAUGCGGGAGGUUAUGCUGGCAAUGCAGUGGGUUUCAAAUUAUCAUCAUUGCUCAAAUUGGCUGACACAAAAGCAAACAAACCAGGAAUGAAUCUCCUCCACUUUGUGGCUCUGGAAGCCCAAAAGAAAGAUGCUGUUCUUCUGAACUUUUCUGAAAAACUACGUCAUGUUCAGGAUGCUGCCAGAUUAUCUCUUGAUAACACCGAGUCAGAGCUUCACUCACUGUCUGCACGGACAAAAUCUCUAAAGGAAAAUAUCCAGCGGGAUCCUGAGCUUUGCCAACAGAUGAAAGCCUUUAUUAAGUUUGCUCUUCAAAAGCUGGAGGAACUAGAGAGCUGGAGAGAAGAACUCCAGAAGGAGGCCCAUGCCCUCAUUGAUUUUUUCUGUGAAGACAAAGAAACUAUGAAGUUGGAUGAAUGCCUUCAGAUAUUCAGAGACUUUUGUACCAAAUUCGAUAAAGCAGUGAAGGACAACAGGGACCGAGAAAUUCAAGAAUUCCGCCAGCUACAGAAACUGAAGGGCCUGGAGGAGAAGAGACGUUCCUGGGCAGCCGGGGAGCUUGGGGGCUUUGGGAGGAGUAGCAGUGAAAAUGAUGUGGAACUUUUGACAAAGAAGGGCCUAGAGGACUUCCUCCCCUUCUUGCAUCAGAGGCCCGUUAGUCCUUCCCACCGACCCCCCAACGCCCGUCGGUCCCGGCUUUCCCUGGGUACCUCUGCAGAUCGAGAGUUGCUCACUUUCCUGGAGACCUCCACAGGGGAGGACUUAAACAAAUUCAACAGCCUUCCUCGGACCAGCACAAGGCAGGCCAGGCCCUCAGUGGCCUGGAUGGAGCCCACAGAGCCAAAGGAUGUUAACUCAAAUCACGUAUACUUCCAUCCGGCCCCAGAGACUGAGAAGGACCGCAAUAAUCCACCUCCGAGUCAGCCUGGCCAGUUUCCCAAUCCAUGUCUGGAGAAUCCUAAUACUAUCCUUUACUGUACACAGAGCCAUGCUAAUAAUAACAACUUACAAAGGGACAGUGGGCCUGGGGUGCAGCCCCUAGCCUCUUUCCCUCCAUUGUCCACCUUGACCAAGGGGAUUGAAGAACGAGAGCUGCCUCAUGGCUCGAUCCAGUUUGACCUUCAGGAGCCAGCAAGCCAAGAGGAGCCCCCAAGGUUUACCUCGGAAGACUCUAGCCCAGUGGAAUCAGAAUCACUGGAUGAUGCGAGCUUGCCGUCCCUUACUGCUGGUGACGACAUCCCGGUACCCAUUGGGAGAGACUCUAAAAACAUGGUGGGAAGGGAAAAUGGCGCCUUGGCCCCCAAGGACAUGGUAGCUGAUGUUACAGUGUCUAGCAGUACAGUCCCUGCCUCCCCAGACAAAAGUGAGUCUGAAAGUAAAGAGGCUGGGCCUAUUUUCUACAUCUCAGACACCACUGAUUGCUCCUUGACUUUGGAUUGCUCAGAAGGAAACGACCCCCAAAUGGGAAGCCGUGAAUCAAAGAUGGGGAAACCAGUGAAUGGCUCUGUCACUUCUGAUACUGGUGACACGGAGGGAGAGACUAGUAGUAGCAGGGUCCCUUCCAUCCCAAAUUUCAGUCCCACCAGGGAAGACUCUGCUUUGGCUCUUGGGAAGAACGAGCCUGGCGACAAAUGUGGUGUGCCCAGGGAGAAAGUAGUCAAAGGGAAAGAGGCAGCAGGACCAAAGAGAAACUCCCUGAAAGACACACCUACGAGUGCCCCCAAGCCUGGGAGUGUGCGGCGUAGCCUGGGGCCUUCUUCCAAGCCAGUGCGGACCCUGAAUGCCUCUGAAAAUGAGAGCAUGCGCAAAGUGGUCCCCAUCUCCAAAUCCAGCAGAGGUUCAGGAAGCUGGAAACGGCCCGAAGUUCCAGCCAGGGUGAACCCUCAGGAGGCCCCCAGCAGCACGGAUUCUCGAAUGUCCCGCCGAAACUCCGUCAGAGCAGCAGCUGUGGCAGCAGAAGAACAGAGACUGCAGAGGGGAAAUGCCAUGUCCAGCAGCAUCCGUUUGGGGAAGGACUCUCCCCUGCAACAUAAGACCUCCCUCAAAAAACCCAGCGCCAAACCCAUCAGGAAUCUCCCCAAGCCAAAGGCAGAUGAAACCAAGAUCUGCCGAACCAACCCUCACGAAUCGGAGGAUGCUGAGGAAGCGCCCAAGCCCCCACCACCUGUCCCUCGGGUCCCACCCCCCAUCCCAAGCUUUGCCAGGAACACAGUUGCCUCCUCCUCCAGGCGUUUGAAAACUGAUUCGCCUCCUGUUUCCAAGGUGCCUGGUAUCACCCGGGCAGCAUCCCAGAGGCAGCUAAGGAUGAAGAUGGCUCCUGAGGACACCCAAACCAAGAAUGGCAGUUCCUUGAGACGAAGCAGCAGUGCGAGGACUGCCCAAAAGUGCCCAGAACCCAGUGAAAGCAACAGCGGUAAAGGGGAAACCUCUUUGAAAGGAAGAGGCACAGGGGAGAAAUCUUCUCUGAAACGAAAGGAUUCAAAUAGGACCACACUGGGGAAAAUUAUGAAUCCAUUAUGGAAAUAA